GCACAAUUUCAGUUGGGUAGGCUUCAAGUCGUUUAGUUUGAGGAAGCUUAUUCUCUUCAUCAAGCAAAUAAGAUAAUUUAGUUCCACAAAUAUUGUAUACUUUAUGACUUGUCCAUAAAAGUGGUGUUUUAAGUUCAAAGAAGUUACUUCAUCAUUUUGUUUAGUCUUGUCUAAGUAGUUGAUCUUUUUAGUUCUUACGAAAAACACUUACCUUUGAGUCAUGAGUGAGAGUGAAGUUAAGAGAAUACUUUUCGUUUGCAUAGGAAACACCUGUCGGUCACCUAUGGCAGAGAGUGUUAUGCGUGAUCUUGUUCGGAAGAAUUGUUUGGAAUGGGAAAUUGAUAGUGCAGGACUUCGGUCAUGGAAUGUUGACCGAACUCCACAGGAACGAUGUGUUAAAGUAUUGGCUGAGCAUAAUUUGAAAACAAGACAUUUGGGAAGAGAACUUGAAGAAAAUGACUAUCAUACAUUUGAUUAUAUUUUUGGAAUGGACGAGAUGAAUAUUGAGGAACUUAAUGAACGUGCACCACAACAAUGUAAAGCUAAGAUUGAGCUUCUUGGAUCGUAUAUUGGCAGGAAAGAGGAUGAAAUUAUUGUGGAUCCAUAUUUUGAACAAGGAAUAGGUGGUUUUCGAAGGUGUUAUGAGCAAAUAAAUACAAGCUGCAAAAAUUUUUUGGCAACUCAGCUAGAAAAAUAAUAAGACAAUAAAUGUGUUUUUAUGUUAUUAAAAAAUAAAACUAUAAAAAAA